GUAACCUGCUGUGCCCAACAAAUUUAACACAUUUGAGGCAAACCAGUCUAACCUCAGUAACCAUUUUGCGCCUAUAUAAACUUCGAGAUUUCAUCCAAUUGAAGCAUAACAAACUCUUUUUUAACAGUUUUCAUCAUCAUAAGUACUUAAUCGUACGUUUUCUUAGUUCAGAAAUGGCUUCAUUUUCCUCUUUUAUCGGUUUAGGUAUCUUUGUGCUCUUCCUAUGUAGUACUGGAAGCACUUCUGCCCAGUUGUCCAAUAAUUUUUACUUCCAUUCCUGCCCCAAGCUUUUUGGCACCGUGAAAUCCACAAUGCAAUCUGCUAUAAAACAAGAAGCCCGGAUGGGAGCUUCCAUUCUCCGCUUGUUCUUCCAUGAUUGCUUCGUUAACGGAUGCGAUGGUUCAAUCCUGCUGGACGAUACAUCCUCAUUUACAGGGGAGAAGAGAGCAGCUCCGAAUUUGAACUCAGCCAGGGGAUUUGAAGUGAUUGACCAAAUUAAAUCCGCCGUGGAGAAUGUCUGUCCCAAUACAGUUUCUUGUGCCGACAUUCUAGCCGUUGCUGCUCGUGACUCCGUUGAAAUCCUUGGAGGUCCGAGUUGGGAAGUCAAACUCGGAAGAAGAGAUGCUAGAACAGCAAGCCAGUCAGCUGCAAAUAACAGCAUCCCACCUCCUACUUCCAACCUUAAUGCCCUCAUUUCCAGAUUCAAUUCCUUCGGUCUCUCUGCCAAGGACUUGGUUGCAUUAUCCGGAUCACACACAAUUGGACAAGCUAGAUGCACGAAUUUCAGAGCUCGGAUUUACAACGAGACCACCUUGGAUACUUCCCUGAGACAAACCAGGCAAAGCAAUUGUCCACGUGUCUCCGGACAGGGGGACAACAACCUGGCACCUCUUGAUCUUCAAACUCCCACCAAUUUCGACAACAAUUACUUCAAGAACCUUGUGAAUCAAAAAGGGUUGCUUCAUUCGGAUCAACAGCUGUUCAAUGGAGGAUCCACUGACUCGAUUGUUAGAGGAUACAGCGCCAACCCGGGCAGCUUUGCGUCUGAUUUUGCCGCCGCCAUGAUCAAGAUGGGUGACAUCAAGCCUCUUACUGGAUCCAAAGGAGAAAUCCGGAAGAACUGCAGGAGGAUUAAUUAAUUAAAAGCCCAACAACGCUUCUUGUUCGUGGACUUUUGAGUAGUCGAUGUGGGCUUUAAAAUUUAUUAUUGCCCACUUUUUUUUGUGUUUCUUGUGCUGUGUGGGCUUUUCAGUUUUAGCGCUCCUCUUUUUGUACUAGUCUGUCGCAUCAGGAUUCUGAUCACUGUUGUUUCACUUUUUUUUAUGUGUGCGAGAUUUUUUGUUUGGUUUUCUUCCAAAAUCCUAAAAUGUUGCCUCUCGUGACGUUAGGGAAAUGUGUGUUAGAGACUUCUUUUGCUUAAUCCCUCUUUUUGUAUAGCAUCCGAUCUACAACUACAAGUACUAAAUCUACUGUUCAGACUCAUCUAAGUUCCCAUGGAGCAAGAAAAUCAAUGUAAGGGGUGCAAAAUUUAGAAACAAAAAAUUAAUACUCC